AAACCAGAAAUAGUAGCACAAAAGCCAGAUAAUCAAUUGAAUAUUCAUAGAAUCAUUUCAGUAUUCCAUAUUACUGUUGAUGAAAAAUGUAAUCGUCUAUUCUUCAUGGACAAUGGAAAUUUGCAAUAUUAUAGAAACACAACCUAUUUAAUACAAAAUCCAGCUCUUUGGGUUUUUGAACUACCUUUAAAUGGAUGCGUGACACGAAAAUUUCCAGUUAUUCGACGAGUAGAACUUCCGAACAAAAUAACUGCAAAAGGAGCAAAUGGUUUUAUGCACGUUGUUUUGGACUAUCAGUCUGAAAAUACCUGUGACGAUCUUGUCUUGUAUAUUACAAACGCAUUCUACAGCUAUCUCACUGUGUAUGAUUAUAAAAAGGAUCAAUUUUGGACUUUUGAGCAUCAUACAUUCCAGCCAGUGAUAGCAGAAUCACAUUUCAUAUUCCGAAAUACUUUCGAUUAUGAUAUGCCAUUGGGACUGUUUUCUUUAACACUAGGAUAUCGUGACAAGUACGGAGAUAAUAUUGCAUAUUAUACUUCAGUAGCAGGAACAGCUCAAUAUGCUGUAUCUACAAAACUUCUUAAAGAUAGAACAAAGUCGCCAGCUAAUUUUAAUCCUGAUGAUUUUAGAAUAAUGGGUUAUAGGGGAUGUAAUCAUGAGCCAUUAAGAAGUGUCAUUGAUUACACAUAUGGAGUAAUGUUUACUUCUGAAGUACAAAGCAAUGAAAUUCGGUGUUGGAAUAUUAACAAACCGUUAAACCCUGAUAAUAUUGAUGUUGUUUACAAGUCUGAUAAAUUGUUUUUUGGGCCACAAAUGUUUAUAGAUUCUAGAGGAUAUUUGUGGUUUGAAUCUUCUCACAUCCCUGUGUUGUAUUUCUCCGAUAUUCCACUUGAUCUCAAUCAAGUUAAUGGCAGACUAUUUCGCAUAAAAGUAUCUGAUGCUAUUCGAGGAACAGUUUGUGAAGAUGAUGAUCAAUACAGAUUAUCUGAUUUGUAUGUCAAAUAA